AUGUCCGACGAUAAGGUUGCGCUAAAUGAAGUUCAUUUUUAUGGCCUGUCGUCGCAGAGUAAUGUAUAUGGACUUACUUAUAUAACUUAUCCCGAUGGAAAUAAAAAGGCUUUGGUGGCAUCUGUGAGGGGUAAAAUAGUCAGCAUUGAGUACCAGACGGAAAAAGGAAUCGCACUAACACCGACCGCCAAAGAGGUGCACUUUACUUAUAUACCAGGGGAUGCUGAGAUUGUAUCAAUAGAUGUUUACAACAGAUUACCACCAGGCAAAGGUCUUGUUGCUGGAAUCUCUUUUAUUAAGGAUGCUGGAAACAAUCCUACAAAGUUUUUGAAUAUUUAUUCAGCAUGGGAACCAGGAACUGAGUAUAACUUGGAUAAUAUAGCAGGUAAAUUAUAUCAGGAUGGUGUAUGGGAAAGAGUAUUCUUGUUGAGUGGCAGUGAUAAACAAGUACAUAUAUUUCGAGAGGAUAAAUGUCUGUCAUUAAAAUUCUCAGAAGUCCAUGAAGACAAUUUUUUUCCUGAAUUUCAAGAUCUUCCUAGCAAUGUUCUAUGGAUUGAUGUGAAACAUAUCAUGAAUAAUAGGAGGCUAACUGCAAUUGGAUGUGAGAAUGGAUAUGCUAGAAUUGCAUUAGUAGACACCAAGAAUAAUUCAGGUACUUAUGGACAGGUCAGUAUAAGUCGUAUUAAUUGUGAUGGAUAUAAUGAAAUACUACUAGGUACUUAUGGACAGCAACUGUUAAUUUACAAAUCAUUGAAAGAAGAAAUGAAUAUUGAAACUAAAGAUAACAAGGAUGAAGUUCAAGAUUGUUUAUCCUUGAUAUCUUCUGAUUCAAAAGAGGGAAAAUAUAAAUUGGUAUUUGAGAGAAUGUUUUUAGAUCCAGUAUUGGCAAUGCAGUAUAUUGAUAUCACACAUGAUGGACUCAAAGAACUCAUGGUUGUAUCAUUAAAAGGAGUUCAUGUCUUCCAGCACAAUCUGCAGAAAGCAGCUGAGAAGUGCAAGAAAAAACUUGAAGAACUUCACUCAAGCAGACAAAAGGACACUGGAUGA